GCCGUGGAGGCCACUGCCGCCUCCCUUAUCUUCAUCCCGCCCACGCUUCCUCGUGCUUGCUCUCCACCGCCGCUCGACCGGCACCCUCACCUCGCUGCUGGUCGCGUGCAGGCGGCGAUUCCUGGUGCACAUGGCCUGGACGGAGUCCACCGGCGUCAUCUUCGGCUUCCGCGCGCCGGAUUUGAAGUUUCAGCCACGGCGCGCCCAAGUUUCUCCCUGUGCUCGCGUCCUUCUCUUUCUCUCUCCUCUCUGCUCGGUCUCCCUUACCGCUCCCUCUCUGCCUCCCUUCUGGCCGCGCGCGCCCGGCCGGAGCGGUCUCCAACGCCGGCGCCCAGUUCCUGUGCCACGUUCUUGCUCGCGACCCUCUUCCUCGCGUCCCUGCGGUCCUCCAGUUCACGCGCUCCUCUCUCUCUCUCAUCUCUCUCCUCUCUGUCGGCGAGUUUCCCAUGGCGUGCGCCUGUCCGCUGGCCGUCAGCACGCUGCGCGUCCUCUGUCUUCCCUGCACGCACCGAGCAGCUCCCUCGGCCGGCGCUCUGCCCAGUCUCCAAGCUCGCCGUCGAAGCUCCCCUGCCGCGUCCCUGGCUCGGCUCUGCGCGCCGUGCGCGCCGCUCCCCGAGCUCACCCAAAUCAGACAGUGCCUCCCUCAGCUCGAUCCCUGCCGUGCAGCUCUCCGGCUCGCCGGCGUUUCACCAGUGCGCGCACGCUCCUGCCGAGCUCAGUCCUGUCCAUCUCUAGCUCCCUGUGCGCGCCUCUGUUCAUGGCCGUGGUGAUGUUGUGGCGUGGCAACGUCGUGUACGUUGACAGCAGUCCUGGCCGCGAGGCAGUCCGCGCCAUAGUGUUCGCCCGAUCACGACCUCGCUUUACUCCUCGCGUCGUUGUUUGCCGAAUCCUUCCCCAGUCCGUGCCCUCUCGGCUCGCUCGGCCUUAAUCCCUAUCUCGUCAUCGACCUCGCCGUAACUUAGUUCGUCCGUCGUGCUGGUCGCUGUCCCAUACUGUGCCUAUUAGUUCGGAUCCUGCCCUAGCUCGUCGUUGCGUCGUUCACAGUCGAGUCGUCGAACCCGUCAUCCCCUGCUCGACCCCCACCUCACCAGCUCGCUCCAGACUUCAAUCGAAGGUCGUCGUCGUUCCGUGCGUCAUCAAGAAAUCCCAAGCGUCGGGUCAAGACGAAGCCAGCAACGUGGUGUUCACCAAGCACGCGACAAAAAGCUCGAACAUCCUGCGCAACUCAAGUUCGAUUCGUCAAAAAUUAUUCAGUUGAGGAGAAGAUCUUCAUCAAUUGAUUACCGAAGAAAAGAAGGCCCCUGGAUGACGUCAACCGGAAACCAUCAUCGUGCUUCCGACUAUCACGUCGAAUUAGUCAGGGUAAGCAAACUUGUUAUUCGUAUUAGUGGAUUGAUGGAUGGUUUGGCUAGGUCUAAUAUUUAUUAGAUUGCCUGAGUCGCUUUGGUAAAUUGGUCGAUGUCGUAGGAUAAAAGAGGUCUCAAUAGGUCUCAGUGUUGCGGGACUGUAGGCGUUAAAACUGGAAAGUUUUAUUAAUAUAUAUGAUACACAGGUUAACCGGU